AUGUAUGUAUGUGUGUGCGAAGGCAUACAUGUGUAUACGUCCAUCAUGAGUCAGAACCCAUGGUCGGUCCGCGUUUCGUAAUUAAUUUCUACGGUGAGGAGAAAAAUGCGAGUCUAGACUCGGGACUACGACACCUGCUCACUCCCGGGCCGCUUGUCCUCGGGGGACAUGCCCGUUGUGCCCGGUAAAUAGUGCACCUUUUAUCUUCUUUCUGCUCUCUUCGUAUCCAUUAUGUGUGCUUAGUGUUGUGUGUUUUCUUCUCUUGUUUCUCUCGCCGAAUCUUCUGUAUCCCUGGUUCUGCCCUUCCAUCGGGUUAACGUUUCUCUGUCCUUCAUCUACAGUCGACCAGAGCAUAAUUUAUUUCCUGUCUUCUUAUAUGUUAUGAAUUUUCAUGCAACAACACCAACAGAAGAAAGGACUGUGUCCGAGACGGCAUUUUAAGCCAUCAAAAGUACGAGCACACAAAUGGUUCCUCGACUGGUACAUUUGGCCGAUUUUGAACUGUCAGUCUCGACGUCGAUUGAACUUUCACGAGAAAGAAUGGAUUGUGAAUUUUUCGACAGUUUUGUUUAUGCGACUUACCUAUCGCUUUGUUUUGCUUUCGUCUGAAUAAGACGAAUUGAAUCAGGUAAUAUAAAUAAUUGAGGGUAAAGGAAAUAGAAAAAAAACAUGGACCAGAACAGAAAUAGACCAAGUAGACCUCGUCUUCGUUCUCAUGGCAAUUCUGCCAGAGUACUCGUAUUUGAUCAAGCUGAAAGCGAAGAAUCUGCUUGCAGCACUGAAGCAGAAGUGCAAAAACGUCCAAUUCCACCAAAAGUGGAGAGCAAGGAAGCUCCAGUUCGACCUGUUAGUGGAGAACUCUCAAAUCUGGUUCGAAUGAGGAAUUCUGCAAUUGGGAAGUCUGCACCUUCGUUAUCUGUUCACGUGCGUGAUUUUAACAUUCCCCGGCGUGCUGCUAAAGCAGCUCAUCGUAAAUCUUUUAUUGCAACAACAUCUCCAACUUUACCACGUUGUCAUUCACCAUUGUCAGCAUUUGUCCCGAUUGUAGGCAGUCCUCUAGAGAGUCCUAGGAUGUCAUCCAGUCCACAUUUUGCUUUUGCUCCAAUUAAAAGGAUUGGUGGAGGUACCACAGGAACUGGAGAUGGCAGACGAUGGUCAGUUGCUAGCUUACCAUCUAGUGGUUAUGGUACGACACCAGGUUCCAGUAAUGUUUCGUCACAGUACUCGAGUCAAGAACGAUUGCACCAACUUCCAAAUGUUCCCACCAAGGACGAAUUACGUAUGCUUUCUUGCCAUUUUUCUAAACCCGGUACGCCGUGUUCUUCGCAUCCAGGUUUUCCAGGAUCUAGUAUUUCUAGUAUUCCAGGCAGUGUAUCUCUCAGUCUCGAUGAAGAAGGUCGUAGGUCACCGUUACACAGACCACGGUCACGAAGUUUAAGCAGUCCGAGUCGAUCUCCUGUAUUGGACAGCGAAAUUGUUAUGAUGAAUACUCUUUAUAAGGAAAGAUUUCCAAAGGCAACACAGCAAAUGGAAGAACGUUUAACUAAUUUUAUUAAUGAAAACAAGGAAUUGGAUGAGUAUGAGGUAAUGGCAAAUAUGACCCAAGAUUCACUACCGAUUUUACGGUUUGUGCAUCAUCAAGUAAUUGAAAUGGCGAGGGACUGUUUACAAAAAUCUCAGGAAAAAUUAAUUACAACUAGAUAUUUUUACGAAAUGAGUGAAAAUUUGGAACAUUUGUUGAUGGAGACAAAAGAUAAAUCACUUGAUGCAGCAGCAAGAUUAACGGGCCUUAUCAAAAAAUUACUAUUAGUAAUAUCACGUCCAGCUCGUUUAUUGGAAUGUUUAGAAUUUGAUCCAGAAGAGUUUUAUCAUUUACUCGAACAGGCUGAAGGUCAAGCAAAAAUUAACGCGGGCAUAAAAAACGAUAUACCUCAGUAUAUUAUUAACAAACUUUCUCUCAAUAGAGAUCCAAUAUCAGAACUGCAAGAAGAUUUAAAUAAACUAGAAGAUUCGGCAAGUUCGAGCGAUAGUAAUUUACAAAUCGCUUCAAGUCCAAAUAAAGACGAUGAAAAGUCUCACCGCGUUCCUUGUGAAGGCGAUUAUGAAGUAUUGAAACUCAUUAGUAAUGGUGCAUACGGCGCAGUGUAUUUGGUUAAGGAAAAAACUACACGACAAAGAUUUGCUAUGAAGAAAAUAAAUAAGAACAAUUUGAUGCUAAGAAAUCAAGUAGAACAAGUUUUUGCUGAGAGAGAUAUAAUGAGCUUUACAGACAAUCCAUUUGUAGUUUCUAUGUACUGCAGCUUCGAGACAAAAAAGCACUUGUGCUUAGUAAUGGAAUAUGUAGAGGGUGGAGAUUGCGCGAAUCUUUUAAAAAAUAUCGGUCCAUUGCCACCGGACAUGGCAAGAUUUUAUUUUGCAGAAACCGUUUUAGCUGUUGAAUAUUUACACAGUUACGGCAUUGUUCAUCGAGAUUUGAAACCUGACAAUUUACUUAUUACUGCCCUUGGUCACAUUAAGCUUACUGACUUUGGUCUCAGUAAAAUGGGUCUUAUGUCCUUGGCGACAAAUCUUUACGAAGGAUACAUAGAUAGGGAUACGAGACAGUUUUCCGACAAACAAGUGUUUGGCACACCUGAAUACAUCGCCCCUGAAGUUAUAUUGCGCCAAGGAUAUGGUAAACCUGUUGAUUGGUGGUCUAUGGGCAUUAUAUUAUACGAAUUUCUAAUUGGCUGUGUACCAUUUUUUGGUGAUACUCCGGAAGAGUUGUUUGCUCAUACUGUUAACGAUGAUAUCGAUUGGCCAGAUGAGGAUGAUUGGCCUGUUCAGCCAGAAGCAAAAGAUAUUAUAACAGCAUUGCUUCAACAAAGUCCUAGAGAUCGUUUAGGCACUGGUGGAUCUCAUGAAGUAAAAGAGCACCCAUAUUUUUAUGGAGUAAAUUGGAAUAGUUUACUCAGACAAAAGGCUGAAUUCGUACCUCAAUUAAUCAAUGACGAAGAUACAAGCUACUUUGAUACUCGUAUGGAUAGAUAUAAUCACGAUAUAGGCGACGAUACUGAUGACACCGAUGAUUCCCCUUUGUUCGGAUCGUUCUCCUCGUAUUCUCCGCAGUCACGAAAAAUAUCUCAAACCCGUCCACCGCAGAUAAAUCCUGAACAAACAGAGUCGGAUGUCUCAAAGAAACAAUUAUUCCGUACUGAGUUGGAACGCACAGUCGCGCAAUUGUCUUUCGGAUCUAAUAGCUCAACUACUCCUCCAUCCAAAUUAGCGGAAUCAACUCCGUCAGAAAAGAAUCGAUCUUCUUCGUCCAUUAGAAAUACCACGUACAUCGAAACGCCUCCAAAGGCGGACAAGUCGAACACAUCAUUCACGAGUCCUGCCACGGUGACCAGUGGCGAGUCCCAACUAACGGUUAUUAAAAACAGUCACAUAGAAGGGACGUGCAUCAGUUUAAGUACACCCGAUUCCUCGCAAACGGAGUCUGAGGAUAUCAGUCCGCAGAUCCAGAGAAAACGACACGUGCAUUCCCGUGAUAAGCUGCCCAGGUUCAGUAUAUGCAUUGAUGAUGAACACAUGUUGGAUUUAUUUGCUGCAAACAGAGAUACAACUGAGGAAAGCAAGCAUAAUUCUAGUACCGAUUCUUUCGAAUCAUUCAACGCCAUAUCAAUUAUUCCAUCCGCGAAACAAAAGUCGCGGUCCGUAAUUAAGUCCGCAUCCACUAGUGGACUGUCCUUAGUUAUACCAACCAGUGAUUUCUCUUAUGAUGCGUCAUUAAAUACUCAACCAAUCGAAUCUCCUGGUGGAUCAUCCACUGCUUCUUCAAGAGAUACAUCCCCUUGUCGCGAACUGAGUCCACUGGUAACUAGUCUAAAACCUCCUAUUAUCAUUCGAAGAGGGCCGUGUGGAUUUGGCUUCACUGUGCACACUAUCAGGGUUUAUUAUGGUGACAGUGAUUUUUACACUAUGCAUCAUUUGGUUAUGGCUGUAGAUCAAUCCAGUCCAGCUUUUGAAGCUGGUUUAAGACCAGGAGAUCUUAUAACGCAUAUAAAUGGCGAGCCAGUCCAGGGUUUAUAUCAUAUACAAGUUCUCCAAUUGAUGUUGAGUGGUGGCGAUCACGUAACACUACGUAGUACACCAUUAGAAAAUACUAGUAUUAAGACGGGCGGAAGGAGAAGAGAUCUGACUCAGAGCAAAAUGGCUCGCAGAACGCUGCAUAAACAGCGCAAACUAAAACGUGAUCAUUCCGAUAAGAAACGAAAGACGUCCCUUUUUAAACGAAUUAGUUCGAAACGAGCUAGUGUAGAGAUGCAACAGCCAUUAACUAUCAGUUGUCCAUUGUCAGCACCCAUUCUAUCCAGCGACAGCAAACCUCCACUUAUGAUGGCUGCGGGAAUCUGUUCGCCGUCAAUGGUAACACCUAGUCGGUCGUUCCAGUCAUUCACACGUUCUCAAGAAACGUCACCAUACUUUGCAGCCUGUACAAAAUCUGUCUGCAGCCCGUCACCUCCAACAAAUCGCGUUAAUUCGGAUUCUUAUCACUCCACGGGGAAUUCGAGUCCCUGUUCCAGUCCAAACUCUUCGUCUCCGGGCUCCACUACGUCUGCUGCAAAUCUAGCGACUAUCGCCAAUCAGUCUCAUUACCAGAGGCCGAGCACGCUUCACGGUUUGAAGCACAAAUUACACACAGCUGCAAAGAACAUUCAUUCGCCGAAUCGUAGAAAAUCUGUGGGACAUAUACCAUUAUCUCCAUUGGCGAGAACUCCGAGUCCAUCGCCCCUUCCAGCCAGCCCUACUAGAAGUCCUAGUCCACUAGCGUUUCCUACAGGACAUCAACCUGGUAGCUCGAAUACUACGCAGUCCUAUAGCCCAGGUGUCUGCUUAUCAACGCCGAACAAUCAGAAAAAAAGUUAUGGACGACCGAAGUCAGCAGAGCCCGGUUCCCCGUUGUUAAGAAGGGCGCUUAGUCCAGACAGACUUCAUCCUCGAUCUGCGGAGAACAAAACAUCGAUCUCACCGUUGGCAAACACAGUGGUGAAAGUAACUCCACGUGCAACUAUAGCGCAACCCUAUCCAGAAACCUCUGAGGAGUGCAGUGAUAGCUUCAAAGAACCAAAUGACUCAAAAGUGGAGAAGAAAGUGUCAACGGAAUCAAAGUCGGAUUAUUCGAAAAUAUCUCAUGGGAUAUCGAUCAAUUUGGGAAACGUAGGUAUAUCUAAUUCUUGUGGCAGCACACAGCUGCCCAGAAUAGCAGAGGAGAAGGAUUCACCGACCGGUUCAAAGGCUGACGAUUACUCGAAGGAAGUUCUACCUUUAGAUAAGAUGGAUAAAAAUAACACGUCUAUGAGUAAAUUGACAGAAUCAGAGAAUAUUGGUGACCGUAGUGAUCAUGUUGAAUCGAAGACAGAGAGGCAGAAUUUGUGUACAAAAAAUUUAGAAGUUUUAUCUAUUAAUAAGAUUGAGGAGGGCGCUCAACCAGAUAAUUGUUCUAAUGUACAAGUGCGUAGUUCGCAAAGCACAUUUCACAAGCAAUCUCAGAACAUUGAAAAAGGUUCGCAAGCUUUGUCUCAAAAAACAUCAUCACAAAACAGUGAAAAAGGCUCGCACUCUUCGUGUCAAAAGAUAUUGUUGCAUGCCACUGAAAAGAGUUUGCAAUCUUCCGCCCAGAAAAUAUUAUCGCAAACCAACGAAAGAGGCUUCAUGCAAGGUGUAUCUCAGAAGUCAUCUCAAAACAACGAGAAAGUGUCACUGGCUGCGGUGCAGAAAUUACUUCAAGGCAAUGAAAAAACAUUUGUGCCUCAUAAAGUGACCGAACAAAAGGCAGCUGGUAAAAAUUCAGAGGCUAAUCUGGAAGGGAGAAAAAUAUCGAAGAAGUACAAAAUUGAUAGUUCUGACGGCUCAAGUAACACUUCCUCCACACAACACUCGAACACAUUUGAGGCUAUGGGGACUGGGAAGGACAAGAAAAACAAUUAAAUAAUUAUCGUUCGAUCGAUCGCUUAGAUCUGAGAGUGUAACGAGAUAAAAUGUUUGCUUGUAAUGAUCCGACUUCUUCUGCCAAUGGAACAAAUUGUCUGUUUUACAAAAGAUACAAUUUUAUGAAAGAAGAAAGUCGAAUGUCUGAUAGAUACACGGACGUGCAUAUUGUAACUCGAGUAAGAUCAGAAAGAUGAUAAAUCAAAAAAAAAAAAAAAAAAGGGUAAACUGGUUUAAUGUUUACAGCUUUAAAAGGAAGUUUGUAUUCGAAUUAAGUAUUUAUAGGCUUCCAUCGAAUAACAUACCUGAACACAUAGCUUUAGCUGGUAUUUCUAUCUCGUGGCGGUAUUUAAACGCUACCGCUAUUCUGUAACCGUAAUUUUUGUCAUACGAUCAUUGAAUACAAACGUGAUCCAGAUGAAAGUAGAGGAUAAUUGCAAUUAAUUACUAUUUCAACGGUUUUAAAUGAGCGCAGUCUGUUGAAAUUACAGUUGCUAAUUCUCUUCAAGAAAUUAAGAAAAUAAGAAUGAAAAAAUUGGAGUAAUUUACACUUCGGGCUACAGUAUUUAUACGAUCUCAUUUACAUUUACGUCUAAUUAUUAUUAGCGCAUCAUACAUAUAUGGAUCAACAUAUAGCAGUCAGUGAAUCGCGUACAGAUAGGUUUUCAGUAUGUGUAAUAUUUGUGAAGUUAAAGAAAAAAAAUGAAAGCAAUGUAUAUCGUAUAUACUCGUAAUCCAGAUCCAGAUGAAAAAGUUUUUAAUGAUAUCUUUUAAUUUAUUUAGUAGAAUAAUUUAUCUGAAGUUAUAAUCUUUUCACAAAAGUCAGAUUUACGUGUUGAAUAUUGUAAGAUACAUAUUUGUAAGUUUUGUGAAAUAAUGAAACUUUCGUUUUUACGACUUAUAUGUUUCAUUUAAUAUCGAUUAUAAACGAAUGUCUUUGAGGAGGUUCUCUUAAAAUCGGCCUAUAGUGCGAGUAUAUACGGUAAAUAAUUAUCGCCGUAAUGAUUAGUGUACAAGAUGCUCCCGUAUGCACAAUGAUAUUAACCUGUCUCAAUUUCAUUCGACUACAUACUGUGAUGUAUUUAAUUGAAAUUAAUGUGAAUUGGUGCUAACAUUUACCACUCAGGUAUCUUCGCGAGAACUGGUGCUCUCAGACAAGUUUCAAGUACCUAAAUCACUUACUCGUUUAGAAGAAGUGAUAAAAGAAGAAGCAGAAGAAAUAACAAAAAAGAAACAAGAAAGAGAAACAUAGCAUUAAAAAACACGAAGUAGCGAACAUAUCGCAUUGGAAGCAUCUUGAAAGUUCUUUAGUGAUAAAAAAAGAAUAAAAGUUGUGACAGUUUCGAAGGGCAGACUUGGUCCUCUGAGAUGCAAUGUAAUCAUUUUUUAGUAUUAGGUAUGCGUUAAUUUAUUCUGUAUAUAAAAAAGUAUGUAUUAGUUAACGGCAGAAGCGUAUGUUUUAAUUGUGAAAAAAGAAAUGAAAUGGUGAGUGAGACAGGCUGCAGUUUUUGGUUUUUAUAAGUUGUUUAACGCGUUUAUCGGCGCUUUCUUCGCGAAAGCUUGCUUAUUAUACGGAAAAGGAAACAUUGCCAUAAGGAGCAACACGGUAUAUAUAUACAUAUAACGUAUGUGUGUCUCAGCCAUAAAAAGUUACAGUUUGCUCUUAUAGAUUUUUAAACAUAUCCACCAUGAUCAUCGUAUUAAUGAUAAACUGAGCAAUUGUUGUAUUAUAUAUUUCUUUCCUUUUUCUUUCUCUCCAAGAAAAUGAAAUAUAUUUGUGUUUCCCCGUCUAUUAGCUAGAGCAACAAGAAAUAGUGAAAUAACAUAGCCGCGCGAUAUUGAUCAUUUACGAGUAAAGUACGAGCUCAUAUUGUGUUAUGUAUUGUACACCGUUUUAAAUAUAAAGAUAGACGAUAAGGAAAUACUUAAGGAAAAACUGGCUUUAGAGAAGUAAGCAGCGUUACGAGGCACAGUUUCGAGUACCAUUGUCAUCAUCUUUGCACAUACCUUUCUAGAGGACUUUUCGUUAACAAGUAUUCGCGAUAAAUUCUAACCGAAAUUAUUGGCAUAUCGUUUACUCUAUAUUAAAUUAUAUCCAUGCAAAGCAUUUUGGUUCCGUUCGAUUUUUGUAUCCGUUUGCGAAAUGACUUUUCGAAGUCAGGUGAAACAUCACGAUUAACCUUGAAGCUUGAUAAGAAGAAACUCGCGUGUCGAUUAUUCGAUGAUCGCAUAAUCUUCUGCAUCGUUACUAAGACUUCUUCAGGCAGCCAUUAUUGCACCUCUCCUCUUUAUCCGUAUCCCCUUUCCUCUGCUUAACGUAUGAUUGAUAUAUGGUCGAUGUUAUAGCGUUGAUGUCGUCUUAGUUAAGAGUCCGGUAGUCGUAUUGCGUUUCCCAAGAACUUCGAGGCAGCUUGGGCGUUUUUUCGAAUCCGACGAAUUCGCUGCUCUAUGAGGCUAAUGAGAUUAAGAGAAAUUAAGAAUAAGAAAAUUAAAAUGAAUAAAAAUACAAAUGUGUCGUGAUCGGAGACAAGGAAUUCAUUUCGGAGGAAGGAAAUCAGUUUUUAAAAACGGAAAUGUAUAUUCGGCACGGAUUCUAGAAUUCAAAACAAAUUCGAGGAAACGAAGGAAUAAGAAACAAUCGUCCCUAAAAUUUUGAUGGUGAGAUAUUAUUCAUCUAUUAUAGUAGACGUAUAAUAUGGCUAUUAUUCUUUGUAGAAGCGUAGAAGAGCCACGAUCGUUGUUGUUUUUAUCAUUUUUGCUUUAUAGAUUAUUUUCAUUCUCGUUCUGCACGUAGACGAGUAAGUGAUACUAAUUAGCUUUCUGCGAUGGGUCAAUAGGCAGGAGCAACUCCGGUUCUUAAUUGUAAGAACAAAUCAUAAAUGGACGAGCUAGAAAUUCGAAAGCUGCGAUAACUGCUAAUUGAUCCGUCGUAAGUUCUAUUCAAAAACGAAAAAGAGAAAUUUUUGAGAAGAGAUUUUUCUACGUAUUGUAUGCGAUCUAAGUGAUGUACAGCACGAGACGAUCGAUGCUUUGUUUGUUGAACAUUGCUUUGUUAUAUUUAUACGGAUUGUGAUCGCUGUAAGGAUUUCAUGAAUUUGUUGGGAGUUGUUUUACGAGGCAAGCAAGCGUUAAAGAUGAUUCUUUGCUGACGCCAAGCGUUGUUGUAUCCUUCAAACGAUGAAUCCUUAAAAUUUCUCAAUUUGUUAACAAAAAAGUGGAAAACUCGAAACAGCUUCAAGGAUGUCGCCUCUUAGUACGCGUUUUUCCUUCCUGUUUCACGAGGGUAAAAAAUGUUGUAACUGCGUAAAAAUAAUAACGACGAAUAUUUCUACAUAUAAAACGACACCAUAUAUUCGUCUGGAACUGUUCAAUUUUAAUCAACGAUGAUCGAACAAUUUUAGAAAAAAGAAAGCACAGGAGAGCGACGCUUUGCGAUCAAUAUUCGAAUUCUGAUAACUUACUUCUUCUUCAUUUUUAUGAUCUUCUAUAGACUUCGUUGUUCUUUUUUCUUUGUGAUAAGCAAACGGAUAUUCUCCAUGAGAAUGUUUAUUAGCGAACUUGAUGAACGUUUGAUAAUUAUAUUACACACUCUCCAGAUGAAAUACAGUUUCGUUUCUUAUUA